CACACGAUGCAUACUCUUCCCUUGUCGUUUGCGUUGUUGACAUAUGUCGGGUAUUGGCGACCUGUCGAUUGGCCUCCGAUGACCCUCAAAUACCGGGCGUACUGCGUUUACUCCGUCGUGAUGAUUUUUCUGCUUAACUCGUUCGCGUUUUGUGGCAUAGUCGAUAGCUUUAUAUUCAAAGAUCUCGAAACGUACAUUGAGAAAUUUUCGCUAUUCAUAUCGGUGUUUGGCGUUUGCUGCAAAGUGGUAAACUUGGUGAUACACCGAGGUAGAAUUAUCGGUCUCGCCGAUAUGCUGUUGAAAGACAUCUGCUUACCUAGAAACGAUCACGAGACGAAUAUUCAGCGACGAUUCGAUAAUAACGCAAAGAAACUUGCCAUCUACUGCGAGAUAUUAAACGAAUCGGCCGUCUUCUUCGCCACGGUCGCUCCGUUGUGGAGUUUUGCCAGUACCCGAAGCUUACCGCUGUCCGAUUGGGUGCCCUAUAGAAUCUCUUCAACGGCUGUUUAUUGGGCUACAGUGAUGCACCAAACUAUCGGACUGACGGUCUGCGCGAACGCCAGUGUCGCUCACGAGACUCUCGUUGCCGGUUUUAUGAUCCAAGCCUGCGCUCAGCUAGACAUUCUCUGUCAUCGCGCUCGCACAUUGCCGGAUUCUCUGUCGAACGUUCGGAAGCGCAACACCUCGAAGGAGAACUUGAAGACGCGAGAACAGCGACUUGUACGCGAGCUCGUUCAUCAUCAUCGCUACAUAUACAAAUACGCGGAACGUAUCAAUACGGUGUUCGCAUUGAUGAUCUUUCUGCAAUUUACCAUAAGUUCGACGGUGCUCUCUUUGAGCAUCUACAAAAUGUCGACAAAGAGCAUAUUGAGCUUCGACUUUGCGUGGAGUUUGUCGUAUCUCGGAUGCAUGCUUACGCAGCUCUAUCUGUACUGCUGGUUUGGCAACGAAGUGACACUGAAGAGCGUCGAAAUUGGCAGCGCCGUUUACGAAAUGGACUGGACGAUGCUUUCCACUGAUGUAACGAAGUAUCUUUUGAUGAUAAUCACACGAUGCAAAAAACCAAUUACGAUAACCAGCGGCCACAUAGUUAGUUUGUCCAACGAGUCGUUCAUGAAGAUCGUCAGAGUUUCUUAUUCGGCAUACAGUGUUCUAAAAACUUAGUUACUAGCGAGAGAGAGAGUACACAGUAAUCUUGCCAUCAGA